AAAGUUGGAUAACGAAUUAGGAAAUUUACCGAUAAAAUUCACCUAUACAAUAAUACAAAACUCAGUCUCGAGUGUAACAAAAGAAAGAUAAAUGCUCAGCAUUUCUAGAUCAAACUAGUAACCGAGAAGUGCUUUUCAAUGGCGUUUCAUUUCCGGCGACUCCCUGGAUGGUAUUUGAGUUUUAGCUGUGGCAGCUUUCUCAUAUCAACACGACGAUUCCACUAUAUCCAUAUAAGGAGAGUUAUCCGGUGAAACAAAUAGAAAGUAGAGACGUUGAUGAAAUUUUAUUGCCCGAAGAGAAAUUGCGAGGGAUUUUUCUGCAAAAGUUGAGGGGUAGAACUGCAAUAGAAAAUGCUCUGUCAAAUGUUAGGGUGGAAUUAAGCAUCGAUCUUAUUGCCAAGGUCGUAGAUAGAGGGAAUUUAGGCGGUGAAGCUAUGGUUUUGUUUUUCAAUUGGGCAAUCAAGCAGCCAGGGAUACCAAGAGAUGCUCACAGUUACUACAUAAUCAUUAGAGCUUUAGGUAGAAGAAAAUUUUUCGAGUUCAUGAUUCAAAUCCUGCAUGAUAUGGUGAAAGAUGGCGUAAAACCUAAUUUGGAGACAGUUUCAGCUGUAAUGGACAGUUUCAUUAGGGCCCGGCGUGUACAUAAAGCUUUGGAAAUGUUUGAGAACUUAGAAGAGUUUGGAUUGACGCCUGAUACUGAGUCUUUGAAUGUGCUUUUACUGUGUUUGUGCCGUAGAACUCAUGUAGGUGCUGCAAAUUCGUUGUUCAAUGCAGUGGGUGGGAAGAUAAAGUUUAAUUGUGUGACAUACAAUAUCAUGGUAAGUGGGUGGUCGAAAUUAGGUAGAGUUAGCGAAAUGGAGAGGACAGUGAAAGCAAUGAUAGUAGAUGGAUUUACUCCAGAUUGUUCAACUUUCAGUUUCCUCAUUGAGGGCUUAGGAAGAGCAGGGCAGAUUGAUGACACCGUUGAGAUUUUUGAUCAUAUGAAGGAGAAAGGCUGCAUUCCAGACACUAGAGUUUACAAUGCAAUGAUUUCUAAUUUUAUUUCUACACAGAAUUUUGAUGAAUGUAAGAAAUAUUACAAGGCUUUGCUGGAAAGUAACUUUGACCCUGAUUUGGAUACUUACACGAAACUGAUAUCUGCUUUUCUCAAAUCUCAAAAAGCGGCUGAUGCUCUUGAAAUUUUUGAAGAGAUGUUAGUUCAGGGGAUUGUCCCCCCUAUUGGGUCUUUAACCUCUUUCAUUGAACCUUUAUGCAGUUAUGGUCCACCUCACGCCGCUAUGAUGAUCUAUAAGAAAGCAAGAAAAUUUGGCUGCCAAAUAUCACUCAAUGCCUAUAAGUUAUUGCUCAAGCGGCUAUCUAGAUUUGGUAAAAGUGGAAUGCUGUUAAAUUUAUGGGAUGAGAUGCAAGAAAGUGGUCAUAAUUCUGAUAUGGAAGUUUAUGAGUAUGUCAUUAAUGGUCUUUGCAACAUAGGGCACCUUGAAAAUGCUGUACAUGUUAUGGAGGAGGCUUUGCGCAAGGGGUUUUGCCCAAGCAAGAUUAUAUGUAGCAAAUUAAAUAACAAACUACUUACUGCAAAUGAUGUUGAUAAGGCUUACAAGCUAUUUUUGAAGAUUAAAGAUGCUCGCCGCAAUGAAAAUGCUCAGAGAUAUUGGCGUUCUAAUGGCUGGCAUUUUUGAGUCGCACAUUUAUACGUAAUUCAGGCAAGUAUACUUUGCCUUUGUCUAUUUUAUUAAACUAGCUUGUAUUACUGAUGUAAUUAUUUUACUGGUAUUCCUAGACUCUGUAUCUAAGGUUUCUUGCCUAGUAUGAAGACACUGCAUUCUCAUUGAAAGGUGUAAACAUUGGCUUUUCUUUUACCUUCCAUCUCUAGUUUACUUCUCUUUUGUUGCAUUUCCGCUCUCAAUUACUCCCUCAACUCGAUAAUGUUCAUGUCUAUAUAGUAAGAAUAAUUGCUAUUGGUAACAUUAUCUGCUGAUUCUUGCUGAUUUAUAUAGUAUGAUGUCUUUGUAAAUUUAUGGGUUUCAUAUCUCGAAUCAUUGGCAUUAUAAAAUAUUAGUACCCUGAAUUUGGUGAACUGGAAACUGUCAUUUCAUGAAGUGCUGGAUGAGUUUAUGAAGUGUUGUUAGAAUACUCACUUCUCUGUCAGCUUGUAAUGUUUCAUUUUAUUCAUUUAAUUUUGAAGGAUUGUUCAAUGUUCACAGUGGGAGAGUUGUUUGCUGCUUAGUUCUUAUGGACAAGAUGUUGAAACCUGUUCUGAUCCAGCAUGUCACCCCAUUCAUGUAUUAGUGUAGCAGGGCAGUGUCUUUAUUGAUUGCAUAUGUUUUGGAAAAGCGUUAUAGCUGUACUGGUUCUUGUAUUUCUUAAAUAGAGCAUGAUGGGCUAGUUGAACCAUAAUAUUAUGCGUAUAUGUGUCUGGGAAUUGAGGAGCUUCUAGUAGAACAAUGUUGACAAUCAAUUGUGAAGGGAGAUUUAGAUUAUGCCAAAAAGAAAAAGAAUGGGAAAUGGGUAACUUAAGCUCUCUAAGUAGGUAGGGAUUAUGAAUUCAUGACCUUAUCUAGGCUGUAUGGCAUUUCAUUUGAAAUUUCAGGAUUUGGCAAUGAGUUCUCUGUCAAAGUGAAAAAUGUGUCAGUCUCUCAGAGAGGAAAAGUGUCUCCAGAUGGUAGCUCGACCUCUGAUUCCUCUUCCUAUUUGGAUGAAAAAAUGGUUAAUCUCUUCACUGCUGCUGGACAUCUCAUUAAGAGUGAGUCUGCCUAUACACAGUGAAGAUGAAUCUGCCAGAAGUCCUCGUGACAAUCCUACUGAAAGAAACUCACUAGAAAGUCAAUCUCAACAAUUUUCUGAUGACCAUUGUGGAAAGAAUACUGAAGCAGAUGCAGAAACAAAUCAAAGUUUUGGUCAAUCAGCUUGGGGGACUGUUGAUAAUGACGAUGCAGACUGUGUGUGGGGAUUAGGCGUUUAAUCCUGUUAAUGCCAAUGGUGUGGACUCUGACAAGCACAAUGAAGUUGUUGGUUCAAGUGAUUUUGGUGUACGCCCAACAAGAACAGAAUCCCCAAGCGCAGAAAGCUUUUAUGAUGAGAAGUGUCCAUUCACAUUUCAAGACUCUGUUCCCACCACUCCACUCACCGAGUUUGGAAGCUCCCCUUCAAGUGAUCAGUUAUAAAGUUCCUCUAGGUUUGUUUCUAUCAGCAUGGGCGAUAGCGGAUUUUCACAGCAACCUGAGAUACUAGGUUUGUAACUCCAUAAGUAGUACCAGAGAGUUUGGCCAUGGAUUUUCUUUUGAUGACGCGAUCCAUUUGGCUCCAGUGGUUCAUUUAAAGUCCCAUCAGAUCAUCACAGCCCAAAGAAAGGUUCUUCUGAUAAUUGGAGUGCUUUCUAACUAGUAAUCUAAUGAAAAAUUGAGACUGGAAGAAGAGAACAAAAUUUCUCUUCGAUUUUCCAUUUCUAGUGGUUUCUAAGUUUUUGGUUAGGUUUGCUGUUUGGCUACCUUUCUCCAUAUGCUGUAUAUUCUGCUUGCAACAUGGAGUUGGUGCUUGUCUGGAUAUUUAUUAUAGAAAAAUAAUGAAUGAAUCAAGGCAGAUAUUUAUUAUAGGUUAAACUAAACAA